GUGAUGUGAUAAAGCCGUGAAAGUAAGAAAGACGGCGUCAAAGUCGGUGAUAUCCAUCCAUCCAUCGGGCUGUCGUCUCCCUUAACAAGCAUUCCGAAUUCUCCCCCAAAUAAUCGGCCUGAUCUGAUCGAGGCAGGCAGGAGUCUUGGGUUAGUCAAGUCAAUCAAUGGCGUCUACCAAUGGUCUGGUCCCAAUCACCAGGGCUUUCCUCUCCUCUUACUACGACAACUACCCUUUUCCCCCUCUUUCCCCCGACGUCUCUCGUCUUACCGAUCAUCUCUACAACAUCUCCAAACUUCUCCAUCAACCUCAGUCUUCUUCUCCUCUCCCACAAGGGGAACGACUGUUGAUGCAAGAAGCAGAAUCCGAACCCCCACACAAAAUGGACGAAAACAUGUGGAAGAACCGCGAGCAGAUUGAAGAAAUCAUGCUCUUGCUUCAAACCUCACACUGGCCAAAAUCUCUUCAACAACUGUCCACACCACAAGAUGUUGAGCUCGCUCGACUUCUUAGCCAGCUAAGAGAUAAGUUUGAAGGCGCGUUAAAGGUGGUGGAAUCCUUCCAAGCCAAAAAUUCUAAUAAUAUCUUCAACACAGUUAUGACCUACAUGCCACAAGAUUUCCGGGGUACACUAAUUAGACAACAAAGAGAGAGGUCUGAGAGAAAUAAGCAAGCGGAAGUUGAUGCUUUAGUAAACUCUGGUGGGAGCAUACGUGAUCGAUAUGCUCUCCUUUGGAAGCAACAGAUGGAUAGGAGAAGAACAUUAUCUCAGCUUGGUUCUGCUACAGGUGUCUACAAGACUCUAGUCAAAUAUUUAGUCGGAGUGCCACAGGUUCUACUGGAUUUUAUUCGACAAAUAAAUGAUGAUCAUGGGCCUAUGGAGGAACAGAGGCAACGCUAUGGACCACCUCUAUAUGCUCUCACAAAAAUGGUUCUCACUAUUCGCCUUUUUCUUUCUUCUUCUUGGUGGCGCUUUGAGGAUAUUAAAAUGCAAAAGGAUCAAAUAUCCGUUUUGGAAGAAGCGGUUCAAGUAUAUGUUUCCGAGCUAGAACGAUUUCUUAACUUCAUCGGGGAGGUUUUUGCAAAUUCUCCAUUCUUUGUUACAGCAGAGGAAGCUGGUGCAUUUAAAAAUAAUGGGUAUAGCGAAACAACUGUUGGUGCAGGGAAAACUCAUGAGGUUUCACUGAACGUGGAGAUGGUAAAUUCAUACAUUGCUUGGGAUUUCUCCAUUUUACAAGGGAAAAUAAGCACGGACAUUGGGUUUUGUGUGGAGCAUAUUGAUACUUCUGGAAACAAGACACUGAUCUUGCCCUAUCGGCGGUACGAGUCUGACCAAGGUAACUUCUGCACAGUCAUGGCUGGCCACUACAGACUCUUAUGGGACAAUUCAUACUCCACAUUCUUCAAAAAGGCUCUUAGGUACAAAGUGGAUUGUAUACCGCCUGUUGUGGAACCAGAACCCUCCUCAACAGCUGAAGCCGAAUGAUUUGAAACAUCAUUUUCCGUGGUCUGAAACAGUUGCUUUAUGGUGCAGAUGGUUGUAAAGUUUUUAUGUCUGUAAACAUGUAAGGUGAGUUGGUGUGAUGUUACAUUAUUGUAUGGCACUCUAGAUACAAAAUUCCAGUGUCCUCAUUUCUUGUCUGACAUCUAUUUGUUGCUAGAUUUUAAUAUGUACCACUUUUCAGCUGAAUGGCCAUGAAUUUCCUAUUUAAA